AUGCUGACACUGCUAUGCGCAGCUUUCGUGACCCUUUGUGGUGCAUGCUCCACCGCAGAUGACUGCUCUCACAACGGCGCCUGCGUCUCGGGCGCAUGCGUGUGUACCGCCGGUUGGACGGGCACUGCAUGUUCGGUGCUUGACGUGGCCCCGGUGGACAAGACAAAGUGGGGCUACAUGCCUAUCCCAGAUGGCUUCACCAGUUGGGGCGGUGCUGUGCUAAAAGACAGCGGGAAGUACCACAUGUGGGUCUCAGAGAAUGCCAACAAGUGUGGUAUGAACACAUGGGGCACCAACUCGAGGUGCAUUCACACAGAAGCCACGAGUCCAGAAGGCCCCUACACAAAGACAGGCGUGGUCUUUGGUCCCAUGUGCCAUGAGCCCAAAGUUAUCAAGGCACCCACUGGGGAGACGGUGAUGUUCUUCACCGGAAUCUAUGAUGGAGUCACCGAUGUGGGAUCCGAUGGAACCGGCGGCUUCUCGUCAGAUCAUGGCUACACCCCUGAGACUGAAUUUCUUUGCGACUGCAGCACUGGUGCAACAGCAGUUGACGGAAAUGAAGCUCCGCUUUUCGGAUCUUGUGUGAACACAGCCUCCUCGGAUCCGACAUGGAUGAGUUGGACUACUACUCCGGGGGACGAUGCGUCCUGGUCCAAGCCCGUCAUGAUCAUCGAUCCUCGUGAUGAAACGUCAGCCACGGGAUUUCAAGAUGCAGCCUUUGCAGGCGACACUAUCGACACCAACUUCGCACCGGUUGAGAUUCAAGCGAACGGGAGCCUGCUGGCAAUGUGGCGUUCCUGGCAAGAUUGCCCCACCGGCGGAGGUGGUACUUUCUGCUCAGUGAUCCAUACAGCAAGUGCAACGCACUGGAAGUGCAGCAGCGCAGAGGACUGCAAAACAAAGUACACUUUCCAGACAAGGAAUAUCUUUGCUGAUGAAGGCACUGGACCAGCAGAGUGGGGUGCCAAUGAGCUCUUUGUAAGCAAAGGGAUUGAGGAUCCCUUUGGAUGGAAGGAUUCGCAGGGCGUGUUUCAUGCAAUUUUCCAUUAUAUGGUAUCGGAAAGAGACUUGACGUCCCAUGCUUGGAGUACUGACUUCUUCGGCAAGUGGACCCACACGGGGGAUGCCAAUGUCCAGAACGUUUCUUUCACCGAUGGCACGUUUGCAAAGUUUGAGUCAUGUGAGCGGCCGAACUUGGUGGUGGACGAUGCCGGGAAGCCUGUCGCUUUGGCUACCGCCUGCAAUGCCGGGACAAACCCCCCUGAAGGCUACAUGAUCGAAGAGUUUCCGAUUCUCGAGUCCUCGGAGUUUGCUGUUGACGAUGCCGCUUUCACUUUGGUCCAGCCGCUCCUGGAUGGCACGAAUACCAAUACUGCUCCAGUGACCACGGAACCGGAAUCGACUCAGGGGCCGAAGACAUACCAGGGUUACCACCGCCGGAAGUGGUCCCGUUGGUGGUCCUGGAAGAAGGGUCACGGCAGCUACGGCUACUCGCAGACCCCCAGCCUUGUUCAGGAUGCCUCGUCGGACAUCGUACAUUUUAUGCAGAUAAAUAAGAACGGCAGCCACGAGGAGCUGUGA